CAGUCGACGCGUGUUCAUCUCGUUUCAUCCGCCCCGUGCGUUCGUAUCUGUUUUUUUGUGAUGUGGAUUUAAAUUAUACAUUAUUUAUUUGUUUUUGUGUGUGCAAUAGUGUGUUCGUUCUAGUUGUGUAUUUGCCUAAAAUGCCUAAAAAUGCAGCAAACGCAAUGGAAUAAAGACAAGCCGGAGGAUAAGAAAAACAACAGCAGCAGGAGUAACCAGGACAACGGCUGUCAUCAGCGUCUCUUUUUGUGCAUUGCCAAGGCUGUGAAACAAUUCAUUGAUCUCUGCAACAAUCUGGGUGCCAACUGCAGCACGACGACAGCCACAUCCCCGUCAGCUUCCACCUCCACAGCCAGCAGCACUCAGAACUUAAUAGCAGCUGUGCCGCCGCCGCCACAGCCGCAGGUGCAGGUGCAAUUAGCGGCGCCUGUGAGGCGCCACAUCUCACAUACGACGGCCGUCAAGUUUCUGUACGCCCGCAAGUUCGACAUACCGCGAGCGGUCUCACUGUACGAGCAGCAUGAGCAGAUACGACAGAAGGAGUAUCUCUAUAACAUCGAUCCGGAUGUGGAACCCCUGCGCUCCGAGCUGCAGACCGGCAAGUUCACAAUCCUGCCCGCACGCACCUCCAGUGGAGCGGCCAUCGCCCUGUUCACCGCCAAUCGACACAGUCCGCUGAGCGUUUCGCACACGACCACGCUGCAGGGCAUCGUCUACCAGCUGGACAGUGCGCUCCAGGAUUCGGAGACGCAGCGCGCCGGCCUCGUCUUCAUCUACGACAUGAGCGGCUCCAAGUAUUCCAACUUUGACUACGACCUCUCCCAGAAGAUUCUCACGCUGCUCAAGGGCGGCUAUCCGGCGCGUCUGAAGAAGGUGCUGAUCGUGACGGCGCCGCUGUGGUUCAAGGCACCCUUUAAGAUCCUGCGUCUGUUUGUGCGCGAGAAGCUGCGCGAGCGAGUGUUCACUGUAUCGGUGCCGCAGUUGGCGCUGCACGUGCCGCGCAAGGCGCUGCCCAUUCAUCUGGGUGGCACGCUGGAGGUCGAUCACGCCACAUGGUUGCUCACCUGCCGCCAAUCGAUGACGAAUCGUGAGGACGAGCUGCUGGCCAAUAUUGUGGUUGGUGGUGCUUCCGUUGGCACUGCAGCCACCAGCACCACCAAUGGCACGGAACUAGAGGCCGCCGCCACAGCAACGGGUGCCACGAUAAUCAGUGCCGUCCACCAACUGGGCGACAACAAUACCACCGUGGUGACGGUCAGCAAUGGCGUGGGUCCAGCUGGAUCAGCUGGAUCAGCAGGAUCAGCUGGAGUGGGAGGAGUAGGAGGAGGAGCAGCAACUGCCGCAGUUGAACCCAACGAAAACAUCACAAUCAAUGGACUGAGUCCUAGCCACCGCAGCAGUAGCAGUACCGCCACCUCGGCCACAGCCACAGCCACAUCCAAUCCUCUCAAGCUCAACACAAGUGGUGCGGCGGAUAGCAACAGUAGUAGCAACACCACCAACACCACUAGCACCACCACCACAGUUGCAGGCGCAGCUGGAGCAGCAGCUGGUGCCAGCACCACCACAACCAACGGCGAAUUCUGGUCGGAGAAUCCACCGAGCAGCGCCUCGUCCGGCUUCAGUGACGACGACAGCCUGGCCGGACAGGAGGGCGAUCCCAAGCCCAUCGAUCAGAUUGUCCAGAUGGUGAAGGCGCGCGGACGCCAUGGGCUGAUCAAGGAGUACGCGGACAUACGGAAUAGGGCGCCAGAGGGCACCUUUCUGCAUGCGAGGAUGCGCGUCAACCUGACCAAGAAUCGCUACACAGACGUCCUCUGCUACGAUCACAGUCGAGUGGUGCUGGCACACGAAGACGGCGACGAGCCGUCCGAUUACAUAAAUGCGAAUUUCGUCGAUGGCUACAAACAAAAGAAUGCCUAUAUUUCAACUCAAGGUCCAUUACCAAAGACAUCCCAGGACUUUUGGCGCAUGAUCUGGGAGCAACAUUGUUUAGUUAUAGUAAUGACGACGCGCGUGAUGGAGCGCGGACGCGUGAAAUGCGGCCAGUACUGGGAGCCGACUGAAGAAAGUUCCUUAGAGUUUGGCGACUACCAUGUGCGAACAAUUAGCGUUGAGUGCAACGAGGACUAUAUGGUUGCCUCGUUGGAAUUGAGAAACAUAAAGACUGACGAAACACGCAAUGUCUCACAUUGGCAGUUUACCAGCUGGCCGGACUAUGGCGUGCCCAGCUCGGCCAUGGCCAUGCUAAACUUUCUGCAGAAGGUGCGUGAGAAGCAGGCGCAGCUGGUGAACGCACUGGGCGACACCUGGGCGGGCCAUGCCCGCGGACCGCCCAUUGUGGUGCACUGUAGUGCAGGCAUUGGACGCACAGGCACAUUCAUCACGCUGGACAUUUGCAUAUCGCGACUGGAGGAUGUGGGCACGGCGGAUAUACGCGGCACCGUGGAGAAGAUCCGAUCGCAGCGUGCCUACUCCAUCCAGAUGCCCGAUCAGUAUGUGUUCUGCCACCUGGCCCUCAUCGAGUACGCCUAUUCGCGCGGCAUGCUGCAGACCGUCGAUCUGGCUGGCUUCGAUGAGCGUGAACAGGACUCGGAGUAGGAGCUAGGCAGUCUGAAUGGAAGAGAGCAAACAAACAACACUUGUAUACAGAAUAAUUUUAUGUUUUACCUUUGCUAAAAUUGAAGUUGUGUAACUUUUCGACUAGAUGUUCGUCCUGUAAUGAUGUGUUAUAUGGAUAUAUUUAUAUAUAUAUAUAUGAUGCGAUACGAUACGAGAUGGAGAGCAACUAUACGGAGCACGAGCAGGAGAGUUGAGAAAGUGUGUAGAGAGUAGAGUAACCAAUUUACGUUAAUCUAUUAUUUUUUUUUUAAAUAUUUAAACAUACCAUGCUAUAGUUGUGUAGCAAAAACGUUUAUAAAUAAACAUUAUUUAAAUUAAA